GAAAUUAAUAAAGAUGGGAAGAGGUAGGGUACAGUUGAAGAGGAUAGAGAACAAGAUAAGCAGGCAAGUGACAUUCUCAAAGAGACGAUCUGGAUUGUUGAAGAAAGCUAAUGAGAUUUCCGUUUUGUGUGAUGCUGACGUUGCUUUGAUCGUUUUCUCUACCAAAGGCAAGCUCUUUGAGUACUCCACUGACUCCAGCAUGGAAAGUAUUCUAGAAAGAUACGAAAGAUACUCAUAUGCAGAGAGAAAGUUGAAUCCUAAUGACUCUGAUCCCAAGGAAAAUUGGAGUGUGGAGCGUCCGAAGCUAAUGUCAAGGAUUGAACUUUUACAAAGAAAUAUAAGGCAUUAUAUGGGUCAGGAUCUGGACCCUCUCAGUUUGCGGGAGCUCCAAAGUUUAGAACAACAGAUUGAUACAUCAUUGAAGCGAAUACGAACCAGGAAGAACCAACUGAUGCACGAGUCCAUUUCUGAGCUGCAGAAAAAGGAGAAAGCGCUGCAAGAACAAAACAACUUGAUAAGUAAGAAGCUGAAAGAAAACGAGAAGACACAAAAUGGGCAAGCACAACCCAACUCAGGCCAAAACUCAGCAACCUUUCAUCAUGUGCCUCCAUCACAAUCUCACCAAGUUCCUAACCUAACAAUUGGUGGGCCUUUUGGAGGAACAAGGGAAAUGAACACAGAUGGAUCGGGUCAAGCUCUCCCUGGUUUUAAUUAUUCCUUGAUGCCACCAUGGAUGCUCCGCCAUGUCAGCAAUGGAGGGUGAAAACAAGAAAAACCAUUUCCUUCUCUAGAGGAGUAUAAAAGACGUACUAUUGGAAGUUGUAGAUGUAACAUUGCUUCUACAACAGCUAGAUUGGUACGGUCCAUGUAUAAGUAAUUGUAUAUGUUCCAAACAAUGAACCUUCCACCUUGUUAUGUAUAAGCUAAGCUAAUAAAACUUUCAUCCUUCAUUUUUAAUUUAUCCGUCACUCGAGUCUCCUUCCUAUAAAUAGAAUUAAGCAGCGAAGGUUGUUUAAUUGAUUUUUUAUGUUAUGGAAUCAGGAAUACUAUA